AUGGCCAGAACAAAGAAACACUUGGUUCUAGGAUUUCUGGCACUUUUAUGGGCUAUAUUGGACACUGAAGGCAAAGAAAAGAAAGAGAAAGUGACCUGCAGAUUGAUGGGCAAGUUUGAUUUGAAUGGCUAUGUAGAGGCCAAAAACCACUCCGUUGUUAUUGGGGGACUGUUUCCUAUUCACUCCAGAACCAUCCCAGUAAAUGAGUCUGUUUUGGAGCCAGUGUCAGCCAAAUGUGAGGGGUUUAACUUCCGGGGAUUCCGCUGGAUGAAAACCAUGAUCCACACCAUCAAGGAGAUUAAUGAGAGGAAGGAUAUUUUGCCCAACCACACUCUGGGAUAUCAGAUCUUUGAUACCUGUUGCACCAUCUCCAAAGUAAUGGAGUCGUCAUUGGUGUUCCUUACAGGGCAGGAAGAAAACAAGCCCAAUUUGAGAAACAGUACUGGAGCAUAUCUGGCAGGAAUUGUGGGAUCAGGUGGAUCGGCCCUAUCGAUUGCUGCUUCAAAAGUCCUAGGGCUGUAUUAUAUGCCUCAGAUGGGGUAUGCUUCUACCUGCUCAGUUCUUAGCGACAAAUACCAGUUUCCAUCUUAUUUUCGUACAACUGCCAGCGAUACCAAACAGUCCCAGGCCAUGGUGAAACUUAUCCAACACUUUGGUUGGGUCUGGGUAGGCACAAUUGCAGCUGACGAUGAUUAUGGAAAAUAUGGAGUAAAAGUUUUUAAGGAAAAAUUGGAAAAUGCCAACCUUUGCAUUGCAUUCUCUGAAAUCAUUCCCAAAGUCUAUUCCAAUGAGAAAAUGCAAAAAGCUGUUAAUGCUAUAAAGAGCUCCACUGCCAAAGUCAUUAUAGUCUAUGCAUCUGAACAUGACCCCAGUCCUUUUGUGAUGGAAAUGGCUUAUCAUAACAUAACUGACAGAAGAUGGAUCGCUAGUGAAGCAUGGAUUACUUCCGCCCUCAUUGCAAAGCCUGAGUAUUUCCCAUAUUUUGGUGGAAGUAUUGGAUUUGCAAUACCAAGACAUGAUAUACCAGGACUAAAAGAAUUCCUUUAUGAUGUCCACCCUAGCAAGGAUCCAAAUGAUGUUCUGACCAUUGAAUUCUGGCAAACUGCUUUUAACUGCACUUGGCCCAAUAGCAGUGUUCCAUACAACAUUGACCACAGGGUGAAUAUGACUGGUAAAGAAGACAGAUUGAGUGCCAUGUCUGAUCAGAUGUGCACUGGAGAGGAGAAGCUGGAAGAUCUUAACAAUACCUAUCUGGAUGUGUCUCAGCUAAGAAUUACCAAUAACGUCAGACAAGCUGUGUAUGCCUUGGUGCAUGCCCUGGAUCAUCUGACCAGAUGUGAAGAAGGAGAGGGGCCAUUUCUUCCAGCCCACUCAUGUGCAUAUAUACCUACAUUUGAACCCUGGCAGCUCUCUUUCUAUCUAAAGACAGUUAAGUUUACUACACAUGAUGGAGAGAAAAUGGAGCUUGAUGAAAAUGGAGAUUUGAAACAAGGAUACUACGAUCUUCUAAAUUGGCAAUUAGAUGAUAAUGGAGAAAUUGCCUUUGUGAAGGUUGGAGAAUAUAAAUUCAGAGCAUCUAAAUUUGAACUCAUUUUCACGAAGAAGUCAGCGAUAUUUUGGAACACGGAAUCAUCAAGGGUUAGUACUUGUGACAUCUGA